UUUCAGAGUGGCCAAACCAUAACAAAUAGAGAAGUACUCAGCACACUAAGGGAGCCUAUUUUGCCCAUUAUUGACCAUCCAGCCCUCCUUCCCCUUGUCCAAGAUUAUCUUAAGCAAAAACAGCAACAACAAACACAGACAGAAAACAGCAAAGAAAAUGUAGUAUCAGGAGUGGAUCCUUUACUUAACAAUGAACAAACUUCAUCCAUUAGUAAUGACGAUGAUUUUGAUGAUUUUGUCAGUGGUCCUAGUCAAAGUGCAGCAGCACACUUAUCUCAGUGCAUUUCUCUUACAAAUCAGCAGAUGCAAAGCACUACAGGACAGACUCAUCCUCAAGCUAGGCUAGAAAUGCCUGUUGUUGGGCCUUCUGGAUCAGGAGUAACCUCACAGCAUAGUCAGAAACCUUCAAUUCCUAGUGUGGAUAAAAUAAAGAGAAUGAAUCUUCCUAAAGUAGGAUUUUCUCCUGAACUUUCUCCUAGUACCAGUUUUGACCACACCUGUGAUGACGAAUUUGAUGAUUUCCAAAGUGCAGCUGUUUCUAGUGUGGCAUCGUUGUCCACACGUAUGAGCCAUAUGGGCCAGUCAGUUUUCCCAGUUGCACAUAGCCACAGUAGCCAGAAUGUUACUACGGCAUCAUCUGUUGAACCCUCUCAAGGUGCACCAAUGCUAUUGCAACCAGAGAAAACAGGUCAGUCAGAAGAUAAGUAUGCAGUUUUUAGAGAUUUGGAGGUUCCUUCAGAAGAAGAAUGUGGGCUUAAUCUUUCAGAGCCUUUGCCACAUAGUGCUGAAACUGCCGAUGAAAGUUUUGGAGACUUUUGUAGCAGUGAACCUGUUAGUCUAAUAGUCUCACAAUCUAGUUUUCCUCCUAUUCCAACUACGACUAGUGCAGGGCCUGGGACCAACAACACUUCACCUGUCAGCUUUGAGGUUUAUAGCACUCCACCAGAAAUGAUACCAGAGAGCAAUGUAGACAGUUAUUUUGAAGCUGAUUUUGGUGGUGCAUUUGCAGCAUCUACUCAGUCAGAUAAUUAUGCUGAUAUUCAUGAGGCAAUGAAACGUGCAGAAAUAGAACAGAAGAAGAAGGAAAUGAAUGACUGGAGUGAUCCAUUUGGAGAGUUUGAGGAAACUCCUAGCAUGCCAAUCAGCAGUACCUCAACAGGCUCGCUACCAGUUCCACAGCUGAGUAUUGGUGUAUGUGAUGAGGAAGAUGAAGACUUUGGGGAUUUCAUGGGUCCUGACACAGGUGGUGUUGAAUCUAUUGGUGUCUCUUGCACCCAUUCAUUCCCAAGCCUUGCAGAGAAUUUAGGAGAAACUCAAUCUGUAGCCAG